GAGUAACAUAACCUUUCUUUACUACUCGUGGUCGACAAUCUGAUUUGGAGAGAUAAUGUUUAACAUUUCCCUUUUUAUAUAAUCAAGUAAAAAGUCUAAAUGUAUACGUACAUAACUAUAUAACUCGUUGAGUUGGAAAUAUGCUAAAUAAAUAAAUAAUUUGAUGCUAUCUUAUAAAUAUAACUCCACGUAGUUGUAUUCAAUAUAAAGACAUGCCAAUGUAAAAUAAAGUGUAAUGUGAAUGUUAUAUUUAUUGCACAUGUUUCACUGAAUAUUUGAACCGUUAUUUGUGAGCAGAGUAUACUACUAUGAAAAUAAUAAACUUUGACGUUUUCUUGUGGCGGCUGAAACUAGUCAGCAAAAUUGCUGUUAAUAACGCCGCUUGUGUUAACACAUCAAGUGCUUUACCUUAUACUGUUUGUAACAACUAUAGUACGUCUUGUGCGAACAUUGCGCAAGAUUUGACUCUCGCUAAUGAGCAAUCCACGUUAAAUAAUGUCACAGUUACGUACAGUUCAGUACAGAAUAACUUUCUCUAUGCGUCUCACCCUCGAAUUAUUUCCCAUGUAAUUUUAUAUAAUGGAAAGGAACACAUUGGACAUAAACCUUAUCAUAGUCAGUAUUAUAACAGUGUUAGGUCUUACUCGAAUACUGGCAUCGAUUCUAUUCCCGAGGGCCACGUUCCUGUGCAAUUUCAUGGCAUAUUCAAGGCAAUAUCGGAGAGUGCACCAAUUAAAACGACACAAGAUUCCUUGCUGAUGGUGCAUGAUUAUACAGGCUUACCAUGGUGGUUAAUCAUUGUACUUACCACCAUCAUAAUGAGAACAACAGUGACGUUACCAUUAUCUUUCUACCAGCUUUACAUAUUAGCAAAAUUGGAAAAUCUCAGGUCUGAAAUGAAUGAGAUAGUUAAAGAGUUGAAGAAGGAGGUAAAUUAUGGAACAUAUAAAUACAAUUGGUCUAAAAAAUAUGCCAAACAGUUGUACAAUCGCUCUGUGAAAAAACAAUGGAAUAAAUUAAUUGUUCGGGAAAAUUGCCAUCCGGUUAAAGCUUCCUUGUUGGUACUAGUGCAAAUACCUUUGUGGAUAUCAUUUUCAAUGUCUAUUAGAAAUUUAUGUUAUAUGUUACCUAAACAGGAUGCCAGUGCUUAUACCACUUAUCAGCAGUUUACGACUGAUGGGUUUCUUUGGAUAUCUAAUUUAACUGUAGCAGAUCCUUUUAUACUUCCCAUAGCAAUGGGAUUAUUUAAUUUAGCUAUUAUAGAAAUAUCUCAUAUGAGUAGGGUAAAAGAGAUGACAAAAUGGCAGAGAUACUUGACCAAUUUUUUCAGACUUGUUGCAAUUGGUAUGAUUCCCAUUGCUAUGUCUGUACCAUCGUGUUUGAGCUUGUAUUGGGCAACUAGUAGUGCAUUUGGUCUUCUUCAAAAUCUAAUCUUGUUGUCUCCGAAAUUACGUCGUUUUGCAAAAGUGCCUAUAACUACAUCUGAACAGCCACAUCCAUACUUGGGGUUACGUAACAAAAUAGCAGCCAAGUGUCGUUUUGAAAGGAAAACGGAAGCCCCACCGAAAAAAUGAAUAUGUUUCAUAAAUUAAUGACACUUGUACAAAUAAAUCACAUGUUUAAGUUUUA